UAUCCACUUAUUAACCCGGAACUUGCCUCUGCUGCUCCUCAACUCCUCCCAGAGAGCUCAACACUUCAGUUCAGCAGAGAACACUGAGACAAUUCAGAAUGUUAGACCCAAAAGGUGCAAUGGGGAAUGGUGGCUUCAUUGUCAGUAGCUCAGCGAUUCUGUUCCUGGUCUUAGUAUGAACUUUAAAGGAAAUAUCCAAAAUGCUGAUCCUGUUUGAGGAGCAUAGAUAGCUUCUUUGACAUUCAGACAUGAAAAUCUUCGGUCGCUGCUAAAAAGGAAAUUAGUGAUCUGCUAAUAAACAAAUGUGUGGAUUGUCUUGAUUCUGUGCAACUGCAGGAAUUUGCUGCAGGAAAAGGCUUGAAAUAAACUUAGACUGAGAAGAGACAAAAAGAUAUUGGUUAGAAUGUCUUCGGAAGAAUACCGAGAUCAUGAAGAAGAGUUGGAGUAUGGCAACACCUUGGGAAUCUCAGAGAGUCUGCUGGAUGAAUUAGGUGAUGAUCAGUGGCAAAGCCUCCUGGAUAAAGAUGGAGAUUAUUACAUGGAAAUGCUGAAGGAUGAUAAUGAAUUUGAGAGAAAGGAAAGAAACGGGGCUUGGGAUGAAAUGGACAGUUUCUACUUGGUCUACUUUAUGCAAGAAUUUCCUGCUCAGAGAGAAAAAAUUGAAAAGUCCAUCCAAUGCCUUCGAGAAAUGGCAAAUGACAUUGACAAGACCCACAAGGACUGUACCAUCGCCAGCAUUGCUGCCAACUCUACAGGCGCCUCUUCUGGCAUCUUGAACAUCCUAGGACUGACUUUGGCCCCCUUCACGGCAGGUGGGAGCUUAAUCCUGACAGCCACUGGGAUUGGUUUAGGGGCAGUUGCCGCAGUCACUGGCAUGUCCAGUACUUUAUAUGAAAAUGUAAAUAAUUCAAAGGAAAAGGAAAGAGCACAAGAGCUAAUAAGUGAAUGCCAAAAAUGCCUAAGAAAUGUCUUGCCUACCAGUGGGAUAGAUUUCAGUUCUCAAUGCCCACUGAAUAAUGGAGCUGUUGGGGAAAACGUCAAGCAACUUGUUUCCAACGUUGCCAGUCAAGUUCCCAACAUGUACAGGGCUGCCAAGGAAAUCAGGAUGAAUGUAAAGGCACUGAAGCUUGCUCGAAACAAUCCUGGCUUGAAGGCUUUAGCCAAGCGAGCAACAGCUGUAGGAAGCACAUCCCAGCGUACAAUCAGGGGGGUCAAAAAUGUGAAAAAGGCCUUUGGGGGAACUGCACUUGCAAUGACCAGAGGAGCCAGAAUGCUAAGCGCUGCCACAGCUGGGGUGUUUCUCCUGUUUGAUGUAUAUGGCAUUGCCCAAGAUGCUAAACAUCUCACACAGGGAGCCAAGGCCGAAACAGCAGCAGAGAUAAGAGAAGAAGCCAAUAAACUGGAAGAGAAACUGUACAAUCUCAACAGGCUGUAUGAGGAACUCAAAGGCAUUAUGUGAGUAAAAGAGACCAUGAGCCAGACAACCUAUGCAUCUAUGAUGCACUUCUUUUACUGUCUGUUCAUCACCUAUACCCAUAUAUAGCUCAUCUUUAAGUACUCUCCAAUAUACCCAAAAUAUACUACACAUGUGUGCACAUGUGCCUUCAAGUCACUUGUUGACUUAUGGCCAAUCCAUGAAUUUCAUAAGAUUUUCUUAAGCAAGAAAAUCCAGAGAUAGUUUUGCCUGUUCAUUCCUCUUAAAUAUAUAUAUUACCUGGUAUUUUUAGUGGUCACCCAUCUCAAUAUUAACAAAGGUUGUCCCUGCUUAGCUCCGACAGUGGAACAAAUGAUGGUGAUAUGCCUGUUGCGAUUUGGCAGGGUCAGUCUUCUGGUUAAUCCACUUUUCAUCUGCUUUUAAAAUGUCCUGGUUUAUUCCUCCCACAUUGCCCCUUUAUCUACAGUUAACUUCCAUUGCUGCAAUCUGAGCACAAAGUGCAAAAGUACCUUACACUCUAUUAAUCCAAGUGGAGCAGAGGAGAGGAAGGAGUAGAAUCUUGUCUUUGGAGCAGACUCAAGAAAAUCAAACUUCUUCACUGUCUGCUAGCAUGUGUACUCAUCCUUAUUCAUAACUUUUGCCAUCUUGAUUACACUUUGAUUUUGCUCAGCCACACGUGCCCCACUGUUCAUUUAUGAAAUAUUUCAGGACAUGUCUCUAUGUUCUAUGGCAGUGGUUCUCAAUCUUUGCUUCUACAGGUGUUCAGCACUUCAGCUCCCAGAAUUCAUGGCCAUGAAGACUGAGACCUCUGGGAGCUAAAGUCCAAAUCAUCUGGGGAACCAGUUAUCAAAAAAGCACUCUUCUGGAGGCAAUAUUCAGCUAUGUAGAUUUGACUCAAGGCUGAAUAAUUCCUAAAAUGUUACAAACAAAGCCAGCUUCCAUUUGAGCUCACCAGAACUCUUCUUUAAGCUUGGAUGGUACAAUAUUGAGAGGUUUGUAGAAGGAAUAAGAAGUCUAAAGAUCAAGCCAACUGCAUUAGCCAUCAUUUCUGUAGCCAAACUGACUUGCAAAACACAAACUGCAAAUCAGGGAAGAGGAAAGUUGUUAUCCAUAUAUAAUUUCUUUCCUUUUAAUAGACCCAAGCCUGGCUGUAACCCCUAGUGAUCUACCCAUUGCCUAGCUAAAGCUUACAGGCCCCUGAAACGGCAUAGAACAUAAGGAUAGGAGCAAUCGUGCAAUUUAAAAUUGUUUUAAUGAACUUGAAACUUCAUUGUGUUUAUGGUAUUUUAGUGAUCUAGUAAAGAUGAUCCAAUAAACUCUGAAUUUUUUAUCUA